CCAUGACCACCACCAUCACCACCACCAUCAUCACCACGAUCACCACCAUCAUCACCACCAUCAUCAUCACCACCACCAUCACCACCAUCAACACCACCACCAUCACCUUCAUCACCACCAUCACCACCACCAUCAUCACCUUCAUCACCACCAACACCACCAUCAUCACCACCAUCACCACCAUCACCACCACCAUCACCUUCAUCACCACCAACACCACCAUCACCACCACCACCACCAUCAUCACCAUCAUCACCUUCAUCACCACCAUCAUCACCAUCACCACCAUCACCACCACCACCAUCACCUUCACCACCACCAUCAUCACCAUCAUCACCUUCAUCACCACCAACACCACCAUCAUCACCACCAUCACCACCAUCACCACCACCAUCACCUUCAUCACCACCAACACCACCACCACCAUCACCACCACCACCACCAUCAUCACCAUCAUCACCUUCAUCACCACCAUCAUCACCAUCACCACCAUCACCACCACCACCAUCACCUUCACCACCACCAUCAUCACCAUCAUCACCUUCAUCACCACCAACACCACCAUCAUCACCACCAACACCACCAUCAUCACCACCAUCACCACCAUCACCACCACCAUCACCUUCAUCACCACCAACACCACCAUCAUCACCACCAUCACCACCAUCACCACCACCAUCACCUUCAUCACCACCAACACCACCAUCAUCACCACCACCACCACCAUCACCACCAUCACCACCACCAUCAUCACCUUCAUCACCACCAACACCACCAUCAUCACCACCAUCACCACCAUCACCACCACCAUCACCUUCAUCACCACCAACACCACCAUCAUCACCACCAUCACCACCACCACCAUCACCUUCACCAUCACCAUCAUCACCUUCAUCACCACCAACACCACCAUCAUCACCACCAACACCACCAUCAUCACCACCAUCACCACCACCAUCACCUUCAUCACCACCAACACCACCAUCAUCACCACCAUCACCACCAUCACCACCACCAUCACCUUCAUCACCACCAACACCACCAUCAUCACCACCACCACCACCAUCACCACCACCACCAUCACCUUCAUCACCACCAUCACCACCACCAUCAUCACCUUCAUCACCACCAAUACCACCAUCAUCACCACCAUCACCACCAUCACCACCACCAUCACCUUCAUCACCACCAACACCACCAUCAUCACCACCAUCACCACCACCAUCACCAUCACCACCACCAUCAUCACCAUCAUCACCUUCAUCACCACCAACACCACCAUCAUCACCACCAUCACCACCAUCACCACCACCAUCACCUUCAUCACCACCAACACCACCAUCAUCACCACCAUCACCACCACCAUCACCUUCAUCACCACCAACACCACCAUCAUCACCACCAUCACCACCACCACCAUCACCUUCACCACCACCAUCAUCACCAUCAUCACCUUCAUCACCACCAACACCACCAUCAUCACCACCAUCACCACCAUCACCACCACCAUCACCUUCAUCACCACCAACACCACCAUCAUCACCACCAUCACCACCACCACACACUCGGCAUGGGGCCUCUUCACAGCACGUGAGCCCCCCCCAACCCCCUUGACCCAACCCACCCAGCGCAGUGUGCGAGCUACGUGGGUGACCUUUGUCUUUGGAUCGCCCCCCCCCCUUCCCCCCGUGGCGUUUCCUGAGAAUAAAUUUUCGAGUUUUUGGGGUUUCAAAAGGGGAUUCCGUUGCCCUCCAUUGCAAGGCCAGUGGGCGAGCGGGCGCGGCCUCGAACUCGCCGACCAAUCGCAGCGCGCCAUGCGCACUCAUGAAUAA